GCUUUACGUGCCGUGGAGAGACGGGGGAGGGGGAAGUGGAAUCCUUGCCGUGGAGCCCAGCAUCGUAUAUCGACGGCACGGGUGUCUUUAUGAAUGGCGCGAGCAGUACGGUACGGUACAGUGCAAAGCGGCAUGUAAACGCCAGACGCUCAAUACGCAUAUUCGGCACGAAAGAGGCUGUGAGGCUGAAGUGUUGCGCGUACUGUACUUGUAACCAUCAUCCCCAUACACAGGUAUACCGCAGAAGGUACGAUACAGCGAACUAUCACCAUAUGAGACCUAUCGACCAUACCCUCCACCCUCCGGAAACCAAGACCACACACACACACACACACAGCAGGAAGCAUCAUACCGGUAUCAUACCAGCACUCGACUCUAGCAACUGACCGUCAGGGUCACCUACCGCUUGGCUUUCCACCGUUGCAUAAUAUUCAACAAGUGCAAGAACCCACUGUAGUCAUCCUUCAACUCUCCAGUCUCUUAUCAUACUCCUUCCUUUCCCCCCCUUUUCUCUGCUCUCUUGCCCCCCAUUGCCGCCGACACUCUCCGUGUCCCUGAUGUUUGCACCGCUUUCACCCUUCGACAUCACGAUCGUCUGAGCAACCAUGACGACUACCAUUCACCGCCAGAUAGGCAAACUGGGAAAGAGGUCGGCGGAUGAGGUAAGUUUGUUCCAACUCUCUUGAUGCUUUGGUUUGAUCCGUCCUAGGGCCCGGCCCGGAAACUAGCCGCUUACUAUGAUAGGCUACGGUAGCGAUGCUCAUCAAGGAGGUGAACGAUGCCGAGGUCCUGCUGGGGAAGGUCUGAAUCCCAAUCCCAAUCCCAAUCCCUACCCACUCCUUGCAUUGGCAACCGCGGGAGAGAGAGAUGGUGUGGAGACGAAGGGGAUCAAAUGCUGAGAAUCUCAUCUUUUAUGCAGCUAAUUGAGCACACUAAAGCCUGGCGAGAUUCCUGGUCCGAGAUCUUUGUCAAUCAGACCAUCCUUACCGAUAGCUUCCACGAUAUAUACAAGACUAUUCCGCUGCCUCAGGAUUACAAUAUUCAGGUCGCUGAGACUCCAGUUCCGGUUCUCAGAAAGGUUGCGAGACUGCAUGCUGCUCAGAAUGAUCUCAAGGCGGAUAUGACGGAGGAGACCGAGCGGGUGGAUAGGAUGCUGGUGGAGCGACUGUCCGAGGCAAAGGUAUGCUACCAGAUGGCUCGUAAGCGCGUUUGGUGAGCAGCUAUAGCUGACGGGGAAAAGGCAGCAUUGAAACCGAUCAAGAAGGCUAUCGAUAAAAGGGAAAACAAGAAGCUCGACUUUGAACGCUUCACUAAAACUGUCGAGAACCAACGUGGGAAGAAGAACAAAUCUGACAGGUCAGGCCCAGCACGGCAAUUUUGGGGUGGGGCUGAUGAAAGGGGACGUUUAGGGAUUAUUCGGUCCUUUCGAAGGCAGAGUUGGACCUUGAAAGAGCACAGAAUGUAUGCCGAGGCCUAGCAUUAGAGAAAUUGUUCAGUACCACUCGCUAACAGGGCUUUUCACUACUACUUCCCGUCCCGCGCAGGCAUACGAAAAUGCUGAUAAUCACCUCAAAGACUGGGUUCCUGAGGUUAUGGCCAAAAUCACCGAGUUCCUUCCUUGCAUCGUCGAAUCGAUAGUGCAGACUCAGUACACAUUGCUCUCGAACACGUAUUCCGCCGUCUACGAAUAUGCGAAUGAAUUCAAUUUUACGGAUCCCGAUGGCGAGGUGGUCAUAGCUGAGUGGGAGGAUCUCUUCAUACCCGUCCAACAGCAAGUAGAGUCCGAAAUCAGUUUUAUAGCGAGGGGGAAGGCUAUAACUAUGCCUAUGAGCCAAUUGGCCCAAGAGAAGAGCUAUAUUCCGAGCAUUCCAAGGAUUGGGCGAGGGAAGAAGCCUCCGCCUCCUCCGCCUCCAGCUGGCGCACCAGCGGCUGCAGCCCCGGAAGAAAAGUCGAGGUUUGGAAAGAUGGUACCGAGCAGGUUUUCCCGCGAGAAGGAAGAACCAGCCCCAUCGCCGCCAACUCCCAGGUCAAGCAAACCUUCCAUCAACAGCGCAAGAAAUUUUUCUAGCAACCACGAGAGACAGGAAUCGCCCCCACGCCUAUCUUCACGGCCUACCAUUGGUGGCGCAAGGGCCUUCUCUGGAGGCCACGACGGAGGGAUGUCUCCUCCACCACCAGUUUCAAGGGCUAGGCCUACGAUUGGAGGGAUAAAGUCUCGGGUUUCUAAUGCAAACGUAUCUGCUUCUCGGGAUGAGUCCCCUCCGCCCCCCCUCCCGGGACCAAGGCCUGGGCAGCCAGGGUCCAGACAGAAUUCGGCGGGAGAGGUUCAACAGCAUGAUUUUAGGUCCGUUAUAAAGUCUAGAAGUGCAACGCCUCUUGCGAGCAUUGCGCAAAACUCACUCGCACCCUCCCAGAGGUCAGAUUUAGUGCGGAUAAGAUCUGCAGGGUCGGGCGAUGGUCGACCACCUGAAGAGCGGCUUUUGGGGGCUGUUUCGCCGUCCGCAAUUCGUGCUGCUGAGCGAUCCUUGUCAAUGGGGGCCUCUGAUUACCAGAAUUCAAGGCCAGCUGUAUCGCGUUCACCGACAGCGGCUUCGAUAUUGUCCUCGAAGACCACGGUGUCAGAUGCCGGGUCCUUAUCAAGUAUCGCGGGGAAAAAGAAGCCUCCGCCACCCCCGCCGCCAAAGAAGAAGGGAUUAGGAAAGGGCGAGACUUGGGUUCGGGCUUUAUUCCCUUUUGAAGGCCAAGAUAAUGGUGAUCUAGUAUUCAACGAGGGCGAUAAGAUUAAGGUGCUGAAGAAGACUGAAAGCACCGAUGGUACGGCAUAUCUAUUCAUAUUCCCUUCUAGGGUUUUCCGAUUAGAGGAUCCGACUAAUAUCCUGUCAAUAAUAGAUUGGUGGGAGGGAGAAGUGCACGGGCGAAAGGGCCAGUUCCCCGCGAACUAUACGGAAAUCAUCGCCAGUUGACGGAUGAUAUUUUUAGGGGUGAGCAAGCAGGCGCAUAUGUUUUGUGGUUCCUGUUGCUUCAAGCACGGUUUUUGUCCAGCGGUUUGUGGAUGUCAGUAAUCGGCAUGGGACCCGAUAGUCAGUUGCCUCCAAUU